UAAAGUAAAACAAGAAAUAGGAAGGGGUUGAAGGCCUUGGAAGGGAAGGCUGGGGACAGAAAAAAGCCUCAAAAUAAGAUGGUAGCAUUUCUUCGAACCUUAACCGCGGCCUCCGCCCUCCCAGCAGCCGCGAUCGCAGCAGUCACUAUAUCUUCCUCCUCCUUCUCUUCUCAACUCCCCCCCAAAUCCCAUCUCCCACUUCUCGCCCCUCUUCGCCUCGCAUCGACGCCCAAUACCUUGGGCGGCCCGAAAAACCCGAGUCGCCCCCAGGCCGCCCUCCACAUGGACUCCCUCGCGACCGACCUCCAGCCCUCCGACCAGCACGAUGGGAAUCUUCCAGAGUUGAUGACAGAAUUCAUGGUGGAUAUGAAAUGCGAGGGUUGUGUUUCAGCAGUAAAAGAUAAGCUCCUAAAGCUUGGUGGAGUAAAAGGGGUUGACAUUGAUUUGAGUAAUCAAGUGGUAAGAGUUAUUGGAACUCUCCCAGUGAAAGUCAUGGUAGAUGCUCUGGAGCAGACAGGUCGACAUGCCAGGUUGAUUGGCCAAGGCAACCCUAAUGAUUUUUUAGUUUCUGCAGCUGUUGCUGAGUUCAAAGGUCCUAUCAUAUAUGGUGUUGUACGCUUGGCUCAGGUGAACAUGGAAUUGGCCAGAAUUGAAGCCAGCUUUAGUGGUUUAUCACCUGGUAAGCAUGGGUGGUCCAUAAAUGAAUUUGGAGAUUUGACUAGAGGAGCAGCAAGCACUGGGAAAGUGUUCAAUCCACCAGAUUAUACCUCUCAAAAGCCACUGGGUGACCUGGGAACAUUGGAAGCUAAUGAGACAGGUGAAGCCCACUUCAUGGAUGCUAAACAGAUGAUUAGAGUUGCUGAUCUUAUUGGUCGUGCCAUUGUGGUUUAUGAAACCGAGGACAAAUCAGACUCGGGCAUUGCAGCUGCAGUAAUAGCAAGAAGUGCGGGAGUUGGUGAGAACUACAAAAGGAUCUGCACCUGUGACGGUGUAACCAUAUGGGAGUCAAGCUAGAUUUUGUUCAAAUAGUUAGGUCUUGUGGCUGAUUAUGCUGGACACGUUUAACUCUUUUUGAGGUUUUUCCUUCUUAUAUGUUGCUGUUUCGCGACUUACCUACAAACGAGGAGACAAAUUCUGCUAAAUAAAUACGAGCUUUGGAUCAACUGCUA